GUUGUGUAAGAACUGCAAAGAGAGGUGAUCCAGUUCAAGCUGUUCCUCAUUGGGAUUGAAGUGCUGCAUUCUUGAGUGUCUGAUCCACAGAUGACAUCCUUCACAGGCAUUAAGCAUCAAAUAAUCAACACCUAUUUCUAUAAUGAAGUUUCUGAGAUCCUGCCCCAACUAGAAACAAAGCUUACUUUUGCUACAAUCACAUGCACAACAACAGAGUCUCAUCCUAAUCCAUUUUCAUUCUUUAUGAUACUUGUUAGGCUUCUUAUAAUCUAACAUUACUUCUUCUUGCUAGCCCCUACAGUGCAGUGCAGGGACAAACAUGCCUCAACCAGUUAGGCCAAAGAAGCUUUGAGAUUUGAUCACCCUACACCAAGUCCAGGAUUAACCCAUCUUUAGUCCAAGGAGGCAGUGCCAGUUUUGUAACAGUGGAUGCAGAAAUCAAAACAAGUUUAUAUUUGCAAGAAGCAUCACAAAGAAGUGUGGAUUCAGCGAAAUAUGCAAGAUGGAAGAAGUCAUUGUCCGUACUUGUUUGGGGAGGAUCUCGAGGAGACAAGUUGUCAUUUAGUAAUAUUGAACAUUUGAUUAGGAGCUAAGUAUUCUCCAGCUGAUGGUGCUGCGAAAUGUGAGCCUUCUUUUCCUUGGAGUUGCUGAACCAGAGCUUGCUUGCUGCUGAUGGAAUCUAAAUGGCUGUAUUCUGAACAGUGAUCAUGAAACCUGGAGCUUACUUGCCGCAAAUGGCAGGUAGUAAGUCUGGAUAACCAUUAGCACAUCCAUGGCUGUGUUUGGAUCUUGAUACAUGAUGCUGUGUAGUCCAAGCUUCCAUGGUGGAAAUUAGCUGUUGAUGAAGGUUGAAGGUUCAACAUAUAGGUGCCUCUUCUUCUUCCAUGAAAUGCUGCAGAUUGGCACUAUUAAGCAACCAGGACUUCGAAGAUGGAAAGAUCAAAAGCAGCAACAGCAUUUCUGUUCUUUGUUCUAACAGUGGCAAAUGAAACCACUCAAUAUGGUCAAAGUGGUGAGAGAGAGAUGGAUUAAUAUACAGAUGAGUUGCAGAGUUGGAAUGGGUUUUGUCCCCCUCAACACUCAUCAGGCUGCGUGCAAGUUCGGGAAUGGCGCACAUGCGGGUGGGCGGGGCUUCCUCUCUCUCUCUCUCUCUCUCAAAGUGAACGCGGUACGGCCGCGAGGGAGCGCGGACGCGGGCCAAAGAACGAGCAGCAGCGCACGCUCCUGCCAUCCAAGCUUCGGGUGUCGCGCCACCACCUGCUUCUCCUCCCCCAUAAAAGGCCUUGAAGCUCCUCCUAGGAAACUCGCCAAACUGCAACCACAUCCUCCGGAAGAGCUGAAGGGAGAGGAAGCGUUGGCCGGCAUGAAGAUGAUGAGGAGCCACGGGAAGGCGCCGCAGAGGGGCGGGCUCAGCAGGGCGCUGCGGGAGCAAAAGGCGAGGCUUUACAUCAUCCGCCGCUGCGUCGUCAUGCUCCUCUGCUGGCAUGAUUAGCCGUCGAGCGUUCGACCUUUUGUCUCCCCUUUUCCUCCCUGCCAAAGUCAUGAUGGGACUUCAGCUCGGCUACUCCUUUUUGACAUGUACAUAGAUCUACAGGCCAUGAGAGAUCCUUUUUCCCUUCCACUGGAAGGCAAGAGUCAAAUAUAUGAACAUUUUGGGAGUUCAAAUUCCA